AUGGCGGCGUACAUGCGAGUGUGGAGAGCGUCCAGCAGCGCCGCUUCAGUCACGAUCAGAGCCGGUUUAAACGCGCUCUUCCCGCGCUCCUCCCUGCAGCUCCGGCGCUCCUACUCCAGCGUCUCCGGCAGAGCGUCGCUGCGCAGCGCCAGGACCGCAGCCUCCGCGCGGACUCCGCGGCGCUCUCUGUGCAGCGGGUUCUCUGAGGGCAGCGCCGGAGAUGAUGAGUCCGGAGGGGAUGAAGGCUACUCUCCUCCUCCUCCUCCUCCGCCGCAGAUGACAGCUCUCACAACGAUGCUUGUGCCCGAGGUCUUCCCGAACGUGCCGCUCGUCGCCGUCAACAGAAACCCUGUGUUUCCCAGAUUCAUCAAAAUCAUCGAGGUCAAAAACAAGCAGCUCAUGGACCUGUUGAGGUGUAAAGUGCGUCUUGCUCAGCCGUAUGCUGGUGUUUUCUUGAAGAAAGAUGACAAUAACGAGACGGAUGUGGUGGAGAGUCUGGAUGCGGUUUAUCACACCGGGACGUUUGUGCAGAUCCACGAGAUGCAGGACCUCGGAGACAAACUGCGCAUGAUUGUGAUGGGACACAGAAGAAUCCGUAUCAAUAAGCAGCUGGAGGUGGAGCCGGAGGAGCCGGUGUCGCUGGAGGAGGAGGGCGAGCAGCCGAAAGCUGCGCGGCGGAAGCAGAAGCGAUCGCGCAAGGACUCGGCGUCGCUGGCGGAGACGAUGGAGGAGAAGGUGCGGGAGGCCGGGUUUGUGGUGGAGGCGCUUCCUCUGCCCGGCGUCCUCAUGGUGGAGGUGGACAACGUGGUCCACGAGGAGUUCCAGGUCACAGAAGAGGUCAAGGCCCUGACUGCUGAGAUCGUCAAGACUAUCCGUGAUAUUAUCGCUCUGAAUCCACUAUACAGAGAGUCAGUGCUCCAGAUGAUGCAGGCCGGUCAGAGAGUGGUGGAUAAUCCCAUCUACCUGAGCGACAUGGGGGCGGCGCUGACCGGGGCCGAAUCACACGAGUUACAAGACGUCCUGGAGGAAACAAACAUUCCCAAACGACUAUACAAAGCACUCUCUCUGCUGAAGAAAGAAUACGAGCUGAGUAAACUACAGCAGCGCCUCGGCAGGGAGGUUGAAGAGAAGAUCAAGCAGACGCACAGGAAGUACCUCCUCCAGGAGCAGCUGAAGAUCAUUAAGAAGGAGCUCGGCCUGGAGAAAGAGGACAAAGACGCCAUUGAGGAGAAGUUCAGGGAGAGGCUGAAGGAUCGGACCGUACCUCAGCACAUCAUGGACGUUAUUAACGAGGAGCUGAACAAACUGGCGCUGUUAGAUAACCACUCCUCAGAGUUCAACGUUACCCGUAACUACUUAGACUGGCUGACCUCCAUGCCUUGGGGCACCAACAGCGAGGAAAACCUGGAGUUGAGUCAAGCCAAAGAGGUUUUGGAAGAGGACCACUAUGGAAUGGAGGAUGUCAAGAAACGCAUUCUGGAGUUCAUAGCUGUAAGCCAGCUGAGAGGCAGCACACAGGGAAAGAUCUUGUGUUUCUAUGGGCCUCCUGGAGUUGGAAAGACCAGUAUCGCCCGUUCAAUCGCCAGAGCACUUAAUCGCGAGUAUUUCCGUUUUAGCGUGGGCGGCAUGACGGAUGUGGCUGAAAUUAAAGGCCACAGGAGAACAUAUGUUGGUGCAAUGCCAGGAAAGAUCAUCCAGUGUCUAAAGAAAACUAAGACUGAAAACCCAUUGGUCCUUAUUGACGAGGUUGACAAAAUAGGUCGAGGUUACCAGGGUGACCCAUCUUCUGCUCUACUUGAGCUUUUAGAUCCAGAACAGAACGCUAACUUUCUUGACCAUUACCUGGAUGUUCCCGUAGACCUGUCUAAGGUGCUUUUCAUUUGUACGGCCAAUGUUCUCGACACCAUUCCCGAACCCUUAAGAGACCGAAUGGAAAUGAUCAACAUAUCAGGUUACGUUGCUCAGGAGAAACUGGCCAUUGCGGAGAGAUACUUGGUACCCCAGUUGCGAGCUCUAUGCGGUUUGGAUGAGCAGAAGGUGAAAAUCACCCCCGAGGCUCUGAACGUGCUCAUCAGACAGUACUGCCGGGAGAGCGGCGUCAGGAACCUUCAGAAGCAAGUCGAGAAGGUGUUUCGGAAAGUAGCAUUCCGGAUUGUCAACGGCGAGGAAACAGAGGUCAACGUUUCCCAAGAGAACCUUCAGGAUUAUGUCGGAAAGCCCAUCUUCACUGUGGACCGAAUGUAUGACGUCACACCGCCGGGAGUUGUCAUGGGACUGGCAUGGACGGCAAUGGGUGGCUCGACGCUCUUCAUCGAGACAACUCUGAGGCGACCGAGAGAACCGCAAGGGAAAGACGGACCCAAAGAUGGAUCACUGGAGGUCACGGGGCAGCUGGGAGACGUGAUGAAGGAAAGCGCCAAGAUUGCGUACACGUUUGCACGCUCAUUCCUCAUGAAGGAGCAACCUGACAACGAUAUCCUCGUGGGCUCCCACAUACACCUCCAUGUGCCUGAGGGUGCAACUCCCAAAGACGGGCCGAGUGCUGGAUGCACUAUUGUGACUGCUUUGCUGUCCUUGGCUACCAACAUACCAGCGCGUCAGAACGUAGCCAUGACGGGAGAAGUGUCCCUGACCGGGAAGAUCCUGCCUGUUGGAGGAAUCAAGGAAAAGACCAUCGCUGCGAAGAGAGCUGGCGUAACGUGCAUCAUCCUGCCUGCAGAAAACAGAAAGGACUUCUCAGACCUGGCCGAGUACAUCACCGAAGGGCUGGAAGUGCAUUUCGUGGAAAACUACAGCGAGAUCUACAAAAUCGUGUUCUCUGGACAAUAG